AUGGGAACCGCCGGUAAAGCUUUCGAAGCCCUUCAAGCAGGCAGGAAAGCUAUUAAGCAAGGCCGUGAAUAUCAUGGCAAAGGACAGGAAAUUCUCAAAGGGGCUCGGGAGGUUCAUGGUAAAUUCCAGGAAGUUAACAAAACUGCUCAAAGCUUUGGCAUAGAUCUAUCAAAAGACGCAUCGAAUAUACACAAUAAUCGUGGUCAGUUCAAAAAAGGAGCUAAAGGCUACGCACGAGGUUGUUUCUGUGGAUUCUGGACCAUACUCAAGUCUCAAGCUAAGAAGUGUAUUACAUAUGUGCUCUCUCUUCUGGUCUUUGCUUUCAUCGCCAUCGGUCUUGUUUGUUUCCUCAUCGCUGUACUUUCGCAUCAUCCACAUUUGCAACUCCUUACAUUAACGACAAAGGAAAUGGUGGUUAAUCAUACUGCGAAAGGAGGAAAUGUCACAAGAGUAAAGGAGAUCGUGGAUUAUAAGAUCUAUCUCUUGCAUUAUUGUGUCACUGGUCUUACUACGGAAGUUGAGGAGAUGUUUCAGAUAACAAACGGCUGUCAUCACUCAAAGCAAGCAUUGUACGAAUACAUACUACCCAUCCUCAGUUCUACCAUCACACCCCCACUUGCUAUUAAGGACAUUCCAGGCACCACGGAGAUUCAGAGUCUCUUUAAACACUAUGGAUACUUUUCUUUCUGCCUAUAUAUCCUUGACACCAUUCUACUGCCUAUUGUUGCAGUUGUAUUUAUCUGGUGGUUCAUUAGUACCUUAACGCCCUGGAAGCGUACCUUCAGGCUUGUUCUCUGCUUCUUCAUAUCCACUCUCCUCGCACCUGCAGUCCUUCAAACACUCCUCAUCUACCGUGUCGUCCACAUCCUCAAACAUGACAUCGACUUCACCAAAUCCUACCUCGAUAUCAGCAUUAAACACGGAUUCCUCUACAUGAUCCUCGCCCACUUCUUCUGGUGUACAUUGCUUUUCAACCUCAUCCUUUUCCGUCUCAUAGACUGGCUUCGAAAUAAGAGAAAAACGAGAAAACUUGGCCAGACUCAAGCUUCCUACCAGGCUCAAAAUAGUCAAAACUCUUCUGGUUUUCACGAGGGAAAUGAUGGGGUUGAUAAUACUUCAUAUGAUACUCAAUCUUUUGAGAUGAAGAAAAUGCCACCUCCAAAGGAUUCAAAAGAUAUAACGAGUAUUGCGCGAAAGCCAAUGGGGUUGCAGUAUGAUAAUGUCGACAUGAAUUACGGUAAUGGUGAUUUGGGAGAAGAAAACCUGAGGCGUAAUAUUGAUUUCAUUCAUGAGAAUCGGAAAGAAUAA